UCUACUGAUCAACCCAUCAGUAAUGAAUUACAUGAUAUGCGACAAAUAUGGUUGCUAAUGAUUUCACUGACAACCUAGCUGUAUGUUUUGUUCUAUUUUAUUUUUUUCUUUUCAGAACAUCAAGCUCUUACCAAUGAUGUAUAUUUAAUAGAUGGUAACCAGACCAGCCCAACAGCUAAUCACAUUGCUUGAAAAUGCCAUAUGCUGUAGGCGCUGCAGAAUGUUACAACAAUAUUAUUUUGAGAAAAUGAAAAAGUCAUUUAUCACAAUGAUUCAGAAUUUAUGCACCAUUGAUUACCAGUUGAAAACAAUUCAAAACCAGUUACAAAGGUCACCAGCCACAGAAUUUAAGGUGGAUCACAUCAUUUUAGUGACAAAUUAUCUCCUAUAUCUCACAGAACUCACAACAAAACAGAUUGUUUUUUACCCAUAUGUUGGACAUCUGUCAAACAAUUUCCAGAUCAAACCUUGCUAAGGUAUCUACAGUGGCAGUGGCAAAUGAAGCUGAAGACAACUAAAGUGCAACAAGUGUUGGCCCAUGCCAUAAUAUCCACAAGAUUUCAUAAUUUUUCCUUUAUUGCAUUGUGUUGUUGUGUUUUUGUGUUUUUGAUCUAAAGCAAACAAAUGUUGGCCCAUGGCGUAAUAUCCACAAGAUUUCAUACUUUUUCCAUUUUUGCGUUGAUUUCUUCUGUUCAUGUUAAAGCAGACAACGAAC